GAGCUAGAGUGAAGGCUGCAGCUGGCUAUGGAGGGAGCCCAAGGCCAGCACCCCUGGGUUUGAAUCUGAGCCUCUUCACUCACUAGCUGUGUGAUCUUAGGCCAGUUUUUUUCUCCUCUCUGAGUCUCUUCCUCAUCUGUAAAUUGGACCCAACAGUGCUGGCCGCCUGGCAUUUCCUGUGGGUGAUUCCUGAAGCCACGAUGAUUUCCACAGCAGCCAUUCUGGAGUUUUCUUCUCCAGCUCAACAGCUGUUUCAGUCACCACACAGGAUGUCUCACCUUGCUCCUCCUGAGAAGGGCAGGAAAGCGUGGCUGUGUUGAGCAGAACCUGGUGCAAAACGGGAAGGGUCAAACACCUGCAGAGAGAGCACCAGAGCCAGUUUAUUCAGGAUGAUAACAUGGAGAAGCUUGAGGAAAUUAUUGAAAAAUACCCUCGUGCCUUCCCUUUGUGGAUUGGGCCUUUUCAGGCAUUUUUUUAUAUCUGUGACCCAGACUAUGCAAAGACAGUUCUGAACAGAACAGACCCCAAGUCCCAGUAUGUACAGAAAUUCUUAUCUCCUCUUAUUGGAAAAGGACUAGUGGCUCUAGACGGACCCAAGUGGUUCCAGCAUCGUCGCCUACUAACUCCUGCAUUCCAUUUUAACAUCCUGAAAGCAUACAUCGAGGUGAUGACUCAUUCUGUGAAAACGAUGCUGGAUAAGUGGGAGAAGGUUUGCAGCACUCGGGACACAACCGUGGAGGUUUAUAAGCACAUCAACUUGAUGUCUCUGGAUAUAAUCAUGAAAUGCACUUUCAGCAAAGAGACCAACUGCCAGACAAACAGCACCCAUGAUCCUUAUGAAAAAGCUAUUUUUGAAGUCAGCAGAAUUGUAUUUCAACGCUUGUACAGUUUCUUGCAUCACAGUGACAUAAUUUUCAAACUCAGCCCUCAGGGCCACCGCUUCCAGAAGUUAAACCAAGUGCUGUAUCAGUACACAGAUACGAUAAUCCAGGAUAGAAAGAAAUCCCUCCAGACUGGGGUGAAGCAGGAUAACACUCAGAAGAGGAAGUACCAGGAUUUUCUGGAUAUUGUCCUUUCUGCCAAGGAUGAAAAUGGUAGCAGCUUCUCAGAUACUGAUGUACACUCCGAAGUCAGCACGUUCUUGUUGGCAGGACAUGACUCUGUGGCAGCGAGCAUCUCCUGGGUCCUUUACUGCCUGGCUCAGAACCCUGAGCAUCAAGAGAGAUGCCGGGAGGAGGUCAGGGGCAUCCUGGGGGAUGGGUCUUCUAUUACCUGGGACCAGCUGGGUGAAAUGUCGUACACCACAAUGUGCAUCAACGAGACAUUCCGAUUGAUUCCUGCAGUCCCAUCCAUUUCCAGAGAUCUCAGCAAGCCGCUUACCUUCCCAGAUGGAUGCACAUUGCCUGCAGGGAUCACUGUGGUUCUUAGUAUUUGGGGUCUUCACCACAACCCUGCUGUCUGGAAAAACCCAAAGGUCUUUGACCCUUUGAGGUUCUCUAAGGAGAAUUCUGAUCAGAGACACCCCUAUGCCUACUUACCAUUCUCAGCUGGAUCAAGGAACUGCAUUGGGCAGCAGUUCGCCAUGAUUGAGUUAAAGGUGGCCAUUGCCUUGAUUCUGCUGCACUUCAGAGUGACUCCAGACCCCACCAGGCCUCUUACUUUCUCCAACCAUUUUAUCCUCAAACCCAAGAAUGGGAUGUAUUUGCACCUGGAGAAACUCCCUGAAUGUUAGAUCUCAGGGUACAAUGAUUAAAUAUACUUUGCUUUUAAGUUAAAUUUACAGCUAAUGGUUCAAGCAGCUAGAAAACAAUCAAUGUAUAGUGGAAGGAUUGGAGGAACCUCUGUGAAGCUACACAUGAUCCAAAAUUAUUUCUAGGUACACAGUGUAUCAGGUAGAUCUGUUUCUACAUGACUUUGGGAGAUUUUCAGAUCUUUUCUGUUAGACUUUCACUACUAUUAAUGCUAUAUACCAAUAGAAUUUCAUCUAUUUUCUGUUCCUUUUCGAAAUAGUUUUCAGAAUUAUGCAAGUAAUAAGUGCAUGUAUUCUCACUGUCAAAAAUUCCCAACUAGAAAAACAUGUAGAAUAAAAAUUUUAAAUCUCACUUCACAUUCCAUAGCCUACAUUCCAUGCCCUGACCAAUCCCACUGCUUUUCCUAAAAGCAGAAUCGUUUGGUGUGCAUUCUUCCAGACUUUUUCCUGUAGACAUGUAGCAAUGUAUUCUUAUAGAUGUGAUCAUACUUAUAUUAUUAUUGAUUUUUUUUCAUUUAAUAAAAAUUUAUCUUAUUUCCUA